AUUUCUUACAACUCUCGCUCCAUCGUCACCAUGUCUGCGCCACACCACGAUGAGCACGACCUCGAGCCCGAGCAGACUGAGGGUUUCAAGGUCGGCGAGAGCAAGACCAUUGACGAGUACCAGAAGCUAGACCAGAACGACGAGUCUCUCAACAAAUGGAAAGCCUCACUCGGUCUGGGCUCCGGCACGUCCAACGCCGACCCAUCAGACCCGCGCAAGGUCAUCAUCCUCUCUCUGGGCCUCGAGGUCGCCGGCCGCGAGGACAUCAUCAUCGACCUGGUGCAGCCCGGCACGCUUGAGAAGCUGAACCAGCAGCCCUUCACCAUCAAAGAGGGCGCGACAUUCCGAAUGAAGGCGCGAUUCCGCGUCCAGCACCAAAUUCUCAGUGGCUUGAAGUACGUCCAGGUCGUCAGCCGAAUGGGAUUGAAGAGCAAGAUGCAAGAGAUGAUUGUGAGUGGCUGCUUCACUAGAUCUGCCCACCGCCAGACGAUGUGAUGAAGCCUGAGAUCGAUCGUGGGAUUUUGGAGUGCUAACGUAUGUCCGCGAAUGUGCGGCGCCACGAUGACAGGGUUCUUACGGUCCCAAUACUACCGACAAACCCGACUACGAGAAGAAGUUCGAGUCCGAGACCGCUCCCUCGGGCAUGCUCGGCCGCGGGCACUACGAAGCCGUGUCCAAAUUCAUCGACGAUGACAAAG